CAGAGCAUAAACUCUGUCGACGCGCGCACUCCAAACGUGGUGAAUGCUACACGGAAUUUUUUUUUUCUCCAGUCUCGAUUUCAUCGCUGAAUCGGAUCCGUCCAAAAGAAAAUUAACUAUUCAUUUUGCAAUGUUAAUGUGAUAAAUUUCAUUAUUUUAUUUUUCCUUUCAUUUUCGUUUUUAUCGCCGUGGGACCAUUGAGUGCGCGUGUGAUAAAAUUAUUAUUGGAUUAUUAAACUUUUUUUAAAAUUAGUAUCCUUUGAUCUUUAUAUUUCGACUUUCAUCUGAGCUUUAGUGAAAAAUAGUAGAGAAAAACAACGAGAAAACACUACGAAUAUUAAAAUGCUGGUAUUGGGAAUUGUCCUGUGCCUGUCGGUAAUAGUGACACAAUCACACAGCAGUGCAAUUGGCCCCGAAACAUUGAAUGAUGAAGAUCUGGCGAGACACUACAAUUCGCGUGAUUUAAUAUUCGACGAGCCAUACGGGAUCGAUUUCAAAUAUCAUAAUUAUGACCAGAUGAGCCGCUUUCUUCGUACAACAUCACUGCGAUUUCAGAAUCUCACUGCCCUAUAUUCUAUUGGCAAAUCCGUCAAAGGACGCGACUUGUGGGUGAUGGUGGUAUCAUCCUCACCUUACGAGCACAUGAUCGGUAAACCUGACGUCAAGUACGUCGCUAAUAUCCACGGCAAUGAGGCCGUUGGGCGAGAGCUCAUGCUCCACCUCAUUCACUUGUUAGUUAUGAAAUACGGAAGUGACCCAUAUAUCACAUGGCUGCUGGACAAUACAAGAAUUCACAUACUUCCGUCUAUGAAUCCAGACGGUUUUGAGGUGUCCAAGGAGGGAUUCUGUGAGGGAAGUCAAGGACGAUACAACGCUCGUGGUUUUGACUUAAACCGCAAUUUCCCAGACUACUUCAAGCAAAAUAAUAAGAAGACACAGCCGGAGACUGAGGCAGUCAAGGAAUGGGUCUCCAAAAUACAGUUCGUGAUUUCUGGAAGUUUACACGGUGGUGCACUAGUGGCCAGUUAUCCCUUCGACAACACACCAAAUUCCCGAUUAUGUCGAUCAGCACCAUUGUGCGCAAUCAUCAAAGUGUUUCAGAGUUAUUCAUCAACUCCCAGUAUAUCCCCAGAUGAUGACGUAUUCCGUCAUUUGUCGUUGACUUAUGCCCAGAAUCAUGGAUCCAUGUAUCUUGGUAAAGCCUGUUCUGCCUCACAACCCGGCUUCAAAGAUGGAAUAACUAAUGGAGCUGAAUGGUAUCCACUCACUGGUGGAAUGCAGGACUUCAAUUAUGUUUGGAAUGGAUGCAUGGAAAUAACUUUUGAAUUAUCUUGCUGUAAAUAUCCACCAGCUCAAGAGCUGCCGCAUUAUUGGAAGGAAAAUCGUCGUUCUCUUAUAAAAUUCCUCGCUGAGGCGCACCGUGGAGUUCAUGGUUUUGUAAUCGAUGAAAAUGGUAAUGCGGUUGAGAGGGCCUCGGUUAGGGUCAAGGGACGUGACAUCAGUUUCCUCACAACUAAGUACGGAGAAUUCUGGAGGAUUCUGUUGCCUGGGAUUUAUAAACUUGAGGUUUAUGCGAAUGGCUACACACCACAAGAAGUUGAAUUUAUGGUGGUGAAAGAGCAUCCGACACUCCUGAACGUGACACUUCACGGAGCAAAGAGAAUUGAUAAUUAUGGGGAUGGACUACCGCAGUAUGGGAAUUCUGGACCACCCGGACGAUAUCCAACCCGAGAUUACACGCAUCAUUAUCGUCCAGGAGCAAAUGGCCAUCAAGGAUCACAAGAGAACAAUAACGGUAUAUUUUCAUCAAUCAGCACUGGUUUCAAUUCAUUCGUAAGCAAUUUGUUUGGCUGAUCGUCGGCCUAUCGACCUGCAGCACGAAGUGUUGCACUUCUCUUGGUGAUUGUGUCUUUAAUGCGUUAUCUGGGGCCAAGGGAAGUCCUCGGGGUCAUUGUUUUCAUUGCGAGAAGACACAAAAUGUGAUCAACGUCGGAAGUGACAAUUUACAGGUGUAUCUAAUCAAGUUAUCCUCAAACCACCACUCCUCAUCACAUCUACAAAAAAUCAGGAAGAGUACGAGGAGAACUUUUUUUAUUUAAUAGUUUUAUCUAUACUGAAUACGUAAGGAACUAUUUAUUACAGAGUAAUUAAGUAUUUUAGUGCAAUAUGUGGAGGAAACUAGGAUUAUCCCUUGACCAUAAUGAAAAUCUUUUACGUAUGAGAAAAAAAUUGUUACAUAUGGUUAAUAAAAUUUUAGAGAAAAAAAACUUCA